AUGUCAGAAAGCAAGAUGUCAAGCACUGUUGGUCAGGCUAUACAUUGCAGAGCUGCUGUUGCAUGGGAAGCAGGGAAGCCUUUGGUGAUUGAACGAGUGGAGGUAGCACCUCCACAAGCCAUGGAGGUUCGCUUGAAGAUCCUUUAUACCUCUCUGUGCCACACUGAUGUCUACUUUUGGGAAGCUAAGGGACAAAACCCUCUAUUUCCUAGAAUCUAUGGUCAUGAAGCUGGAGGGAUUGUUGAGAGCGUGGGUGAGGGAGUGACUGAUCUGAAACCAGGGGAUCAUGUCCUCCCAAUUUUCACUGGGGAAUGCAAGGAAUGUGCCCACUGCAAAUCAGAAGAGAGCAACAUGUGUGACCUCCUCCGGAUCAACACUGACAGGGGAGUCAUGCUUAGUGAUGGGAAGUCGAGAUUCUCCAUCAGAGGACAGCCCAUAUACCACUUUCUAGGGACUUCAACAUUCAGCGAGUACACCGUGGUUCAUGUCGGCUGUGUUGCCAAGAUCAAUCCACUCGCUCCUCUGGACAAAGUUUGUGUCAUCAGUUGCGGGAUCUCAACUGGCCUGGGAGCAAUGGUGAACGUAGCGAAACCACCCAAGGGUUCGACGGUGGCUGUUUUCGGAUUGGGAGCUGUUGGGUUAGCUGCUGCUGAAGGUGCAAGGAUUGCAGGGGCUUCGAGAAUUAUCGGAGUUGAUUUGAAUCCAAAUAAAUUUCAAGGAGCAAAGAAGUUUGGUGUGACUGAAUUCGUGAACCCGAAAGACCACAACAAACCUGUUCAGGAGGUGAUUGUUGAGAUGACAAAUGGAGGAGUUGAUAGGAGUGUCGAGUGCACUGGAAAUGUCAACGCCGUGAUUUCUGCGUUCGAAUGUGUACACGAUGUAUGCACUUUUCUUUUGGCUAUGCAAGCAAUUUGCGAGCGAGAAACUUACAGACUGUCUCUGAAGGGCACGUUCUUCGGAAACUACAAACCACGUUCAGACAUUCCCUCCGUCGUAGAGAAAUACAUCAACAAAGAGCUUGAAGUGGAGAAGUUCAUCACUCAUCAGGUCCCAUUCUCGGAGAUCAACAAGGCAUUCGACUACAUGCUUGAAGAAAACAAGAUGUCAGGCACUGCUGGUCAGGUGAUACAUUGCAGAGCUGCUGUUGCAUGGGAAGCAGGUAAGCCCUUGGUAAUUGAACAAGUGGAGGUAGCACCUCCACAAGCCAUGGAGGUUCGCUUGAAGAUCCUUUAUACCUCUCUCUGCCACACUGACGUCUACUUUUGGGAAGCCAAGGGACAAAACCCCCUAUUUCCCAGAAUCUAUGGUCAUGAAGCUGGAGGGAUUGUGGAGAGCGUGGGUGAGGGAGUGACUGAUCUGGAACCAGGGGAUCAUGUCCUCCCAAUUUUCACUGGGGAAUGCAAGGAAUGUGCCCACUGCAAAUCAGAAGAGAGCAACAUGUGUGACCUCCUCCGGAUCAACACUGACAGAGGAGUCAUGCUCAGUGAUGGGAAGUCGAGAUUCUCCAUCAAAGGACAGCCCAUAUACCACUUUCUAGGGACUUCAACAUUCAGCGAGUACACCGUUGUUCAUGUUGGCUGUGUUGCCAAGAUCAACCCGCUCGCUCCUCUGGACAAAGUUUGUGUCAUCAGUUGUGGGAUCUCAACAGGCCUGGGGGCAAUGGUAAACGUAGCGAAACCACCCAAGGGUUCGACGGUGGCUGUUUUCGGAUUGGGAGCUGUUGGGUUAUCUGCUGCUGAAGGUGCAAGGAUUGCAGGGGCUUCAAGAAUUAUCGGUGUUGAUUUGAAUCCAAAUAGAUUUCAAGAAGCAAAGAAGUUCGGUGUGACUGAAUUUGUGAAUCCGAAAGACCACAACAAACCUGUUCAGGAGGUGAUUGCUGAGAUGACAAAUGGAGGAGUUGAUAGGAGUGUCGAGUGCACUGGAAAUGUCGACGCCAUGAUCUCCGCAUUCGAAUGUGUACAUGACGGUUGGGGCGUUGCUGUUCUUGUGGGAGUGCCCCAUAAAGAUGCUGUCUUCAAGACUCAUCCUAUUAAUCUGCUGAACGAGAGGACUCUGAAGGGCACCUUCUUCGGAAACUAUAAGCCACGUUCAGACAUUCCCUCCGUCGUAGAGAAAUACAUGAACAAAGAGCUUGAAGUGGAGAAGUUCAUCACUCAUCAGGUCCCAUUCUCGGAGAUCAACAAGGCCUUUGACUACAUGCUCAAAGGCGAAGGCCUCCGAUGCAUCAUUCGCAUGGAGGAGUAAAGAAGCGGAUGAAGAACCCCAUAGCACUGAAGAGAAAGAGAAACAACUUGUGCGAGGAUUCGUUGAAAUUGCGUGCUUGAGGGUCCAAUUCACGGUUCGAUUCGACUGUAUUUCUGCUAUCUUCCAUGUAUUUCCUGGAAUAAUUGCAUCUAAAUUGUAAUCCUUCAGCCUUUGAAAAUAAUGCGUAAUUAUAUACUUGGACUUAAUCCGAUGUCUUCAA